AUGAGUUCUCACCACUUUGUAAUCAUGGUGUUUUGCUUCUGCUCCUUAUUGUUUUCCAUCCAUGCCCCUUUUGCUACCUCACUCUCCUUCAACUUCAACUUCUCCGAUCCCGGCUCCUACUGCGCCCCGGAUGCGGAUAUUGCCUGCGCUGGCGAUGCCUUCUUCCACGCCCCUUUCAUGGAGCUGUCCAAGAACGAUAUCAGUGAAGGCAACAACCACAGCAUCGGUCGCGUAUGGUACACGCAGCCGGUGCCGCUCUGGGACAAGGCCACCGGCGAGGUGGCCAGCUUUAACACUUCUUUCUCCUUCCAAAUUAGGCCGGUCAACGCGGAUUACAGCGCCGAUGGGAUGGCCUUCUUCCUUGGGCACUACCCGUCGGGCAUCCCUCUGGGGAGCUAUGGUGGGAAUCUCGGACUUUUCAAUGGUAGCAACAACAAGAAUGCAACCGGUAGUGACCGUAUUGUGGCGGUCGAGUUUGACACCUUCAGGAACAUGCAAUUGGACGACAAUGACAACCAUGUCGGUAUCGAUGUCAAUUCCAUUGUUUCGGUUGUGUCAACCUCACCUGAUAAGAAACUUACACUAGGUACCACAAUGACCGCGGAGAUCAGCUACGAGAAUAGCACAGAGAAAUUGUCAGUUAUUCUCUGGAUCAGUGAAACCUCAUACCGAAUCAACACAAGUAUUGACAUGAAAAUAUGUUUGCCAGAGGAGGUGGCAAUUGGCUUCUCAGCGGCUACUGGUAGCUCCAUCGAGGUACACCGGGUUCUAUCAUGGUCAUUCAACUCAACCCUAGCAGGUAAGAGUUUGUCGACAUUGCUACCAGGAGUAGUGCCUGUGCCUCCUGAAACUGUGAGCUCCAAAUCACAAAGAAAAGUACAGGCUACAAUAGCAUUUUCAGCUGCAAUAUUUUCUGUGUUGGUGUGUUCUUUCAUGGGUUUUCUUCUACGGAAGCAACGAGUAUGGAAGAAAGCAAAUCAAACCUCCGAUGGUGAAUUUGAAGAUGAAAAUGAUAAGGCUGAAUUUGAGAAAGGGGUUGGCCCUAGGAGGUACCAUUAUAGUGAGCUUGCUGCUGCGACAGGCAACUUUGCAGAAGAAAAGAAGCUAGGGAGAGGUGGAUUCGGCCAUGUUUACCAGGGCUGCCUGCGGAUUGAUGACAAGGAUCGCCAUGUUGCGAUAAAGAAGCUCUCGUCUGAAUCAUCUGUUCAAGGGAGGAAGGAGUUUGAGGCUGAGAUCAAGAUCAUAAGUCGGCUCAGGCAUCGGAACCUUGUCCAGUUAAUUGGGUGGUGUGACAGUUGCAAGGGGCUCUUGAUUGUCUAUGAGCUGGUAUCCGAAGGAAGUCUUGACAAGCAUAUAUAUAAUAGAGGCGGGCUGCUAAAAUGGCCUGAAAGGUACAAUAUCAUCGUUGGCCUCGGCUCUGCUCUGCGCUAUCUCCAUUCAGAGUGGGAGCAGAGCAUCGUGCACGGCGACAUCAAGCCAAGCAACAUCAUGCUCGACACAUCAUACAACACCAAGCUGGGGGACUUUGGCUUGGCAAGGCUUGUGGACCAUGGAGCCAAGUCCGAGACAACCAAAGUCGUGAUGGGAACCGCCGGAUACAUCGAUCCUGAGCUUGUCAACACGCGCAGGCCGAGCACCGAGUCGGAUGUCUACAGCUUCGGCAUCGUCCUCCUGGAGGUGGUGUCUGGCCGACACCCUGUGGCGGAGUCAGAGGACAAGUUCUUUGUGCUGCUGAGAUGGGUCUGGGACCUGCACAUCAAAAACACUAUACUUGAAGUGGUGGACAAGAGACUGAGGGGUGGUGAUGAGAUGGACGAGCGGCAGAUGGAGCGCGUGCUGGUCGUCGGGCUCUGGUGCGCGCACCCCGACCGGAGCGAGCGGCCGUCUAUGGCACAGGCGAUGCAUGUCCUGCAGUCCGAGGAUGCCAAGCUGCCGGAGCUUCGGCCGCAGAUGUACAGGGCUGAGCCUGUUCUUGCCAUGUGGGAACAUGGUUACACCGAUCUGUCGGUGUGGACGUCCUCCAGUGGCUGCACUGCAGUUGGUUCUGAUGCAGAACCGAGUAACUGA